AUGGCUCCCAGCGUUGUCCUUGCCUACCAGCAACAUUUGUUCUUGUCACAGCAAUUACCUGCAGCACAAAUCAAACUGAUUACCGGUAUGAACAGCCCAGAGUACUGGAAAAGCCAACAAAUUUGGGACAAGGCACUCCUCAAUAUCGACGUUGUCGUCUGCACUCCUCAGAUACUCUUGGACGCGCUUGACUAUGGAUUUGUCUCUUUUCGAGAGACUUCUCUCAUCGUCGUUGAUGAAGCCCACCACUGCUUUGGAGAUCAUUCCCUAAAUCUGAUCAUGAAGAAUCAUUAUCAUACAUUGCCAGACGGUGACUCUUUCUGGUCGAGACCGGCAAUCCUGGGACUAUCCGCCAGCCCAGUGACCAGAAAGAGCGUGGCCGAACUUCAGAGACUUGAGGAAAAUCUUGGAGCCAGAUGCGUGGCUCCAACCAAACAGUUGGGAGAAUAUACAGCAUUCGCGAACGCCCCGAAAUUGCAGGUUGUAACUUAUUCGGACAGUCCAUGUCGUUCCUUCCCAAUUCUUUCCGCACUCACAAGCAUCGUGAAUCAGCUGGAGAUCGAUGAUGACCCCUUUGUGCAAAAGCUACGCUCUAAAAGUGGUUUACAGAGUCAAGAGAAAUUGAAAAAGAUCAUUACAAAGAACAAAACUCCCGCCAUGGAAGAGCUGUUUAGAUUUCAGAGAUCAGCUGUCGAUCUCAACGAUAGUCUGGGCCCAUGGGCAGCCAGAGCCUACAUUACCACCUGUCUUCAAAAAGUCCAAACGACGUAUUCGGAAGCUCUGCAAUCACCCACUAGCUCCGAUGGCGACUCUAUUCCAUAUCUUCGCCGCACUCUUGAGCCACUGUUCGGAAUGAUGGUACAGACCUUCUCAGACCCUCCUGGUGCUGGUGACUGCUCAGCGAAGGUUGAUGCGUUGAUCAGCCUCUUAAUUGACGAACACCAGCCAGCGACACGGGCCUUGAUUUUCACUAAAACGAAAUAUGCAGCAUGGGCUCUUACGAAGCUUCUUCACACUCAUAUUCAGAUACAGGACUAUCGUCCAUUCUCUUUCGUCGGCUGUUCUAAUCCCUCCCAUCAAAGUAUCUUCGAUUUUUCACAACCCGUUGUUCAAAUCCAAGCUCUUGACGCCUUUCGCCGUGGUGAACUCAAUCUUUGUAUUGCAACUUCGGUUAUGGAGGAAGGAAUUGAUGUUCCCGCAAUGAAUCUAGUCAUAUGCUUUGACGAACCCUCUAACCUUCGAAGCUUUGUUCAGAGCAGAGGCAGGGCACGGCACCAAGAAUCCAAGUUUAUCAUGUUUCGUCAUAUGCAGGACGCUGAUACUAAACUUGUAAAAUGGCACACGGUAGAAGAAGAAAUGAAUCUUGCUUGUGCUGAGGAACGGCAUGAACUGGAAGAGCGAAGAGCUAGAGAGAAUCACGAAGAAGUUGGAGCAAACGAACUUACAAGGACCAGUGCCACCUUGACUUACGAAAACUCCCAACAACGGCUCCAACGCUUUUCCGCCAUUAUCUCCCGGCGCAUCGAGCCUGGAAUGGCAACUCCGCUAUACGUAUUGAGUGAAUCAUCAAAUACUGAUGUGCGUGCUACAGUGCACCUGCCAAAUACGCUUGGCCCAGCCUUGCGGGUCUUCCAGUCAAAAUUUGCCUGGAGAACCGAGAGAAUGGCAAAACGAGACGCAGCAUUUCAAGCAUACAAAUUUCUCUACGAGUCAGGGCUCGUUACGGACAACCUUAUCCCCGCGGAUCUUUCUGAAAAGGAUUGUCUCCUGCAACACGAAGACCGAAACAUCGAGAAACGAGAUAGCGUGUAUUCAAUUCCACCACAGUACGACCCAUGGCCAGAGGUGACGGAGCUUCUGGCAACGAAUGAGACUUUAUAUUCCCAUGCAAUUCAAACAACAUCUCCCAGCAACGAUUUUCCUGCCAUGUCAUUACUCCUUCCAAUGAAGCUUGAUCGAUGCUCCUUCUUGUUACAUGAAUCGUUCUCAGAACAGAUCAACAUAUCUAUCAGUUCGGGUGUGGAAGUUUCCAAAUCUUCGCUUGAGAUAUCACGAAAAAUCAGCUUCCACUUGCUGAGCACUAUUCUUGGUAGACGAAUGCGAGGAGCAAAGAUAGACCAGGUCCCAUUGGUUGUAAUUCCAAAUAUCCCUCCUGAAAUGCUCCAAACCUGGUAUGAACAGUAUUCUGGAAGUCGUCCAUUCGUCGAGCGCAUGUCGAACGGCGAUGAGCAUACGCGAGAGCUCUUACUGAAAGUUGCUACCAGGAACAUCCCUUACGUCUUUCGUCCCCAUGUAUUUGAGGAAGCCACGGGAGAUGACGACAGGCCAACGGUCCGUGCAACAAAGCUGUCCAGAAGACUUGACUACUUGUCACCACAAAAUGCCGUUCAUGGAACUGGGGUGGCAGCUCAAGAAUCAUUUCUACCUGCCGACUGCCACGUGCUAAGCCUUCCCGCAUCAUACGGUCAAUUCAUGCUGCUUGUACCCUCGAUGACCCAUAUAUUUGAGAUCUUCCUUCGCGCUGCGGAAGCAUCUAAAGGGCCAUUGUCGCCGUUGGCAUUAAAGAGCACGAAUCUCGUUUCCGAAGCACUGACCAUGUCUGCAGUUAGCACUGUGAACUAUCAGCGCCUAGAGUUUCUCGGAGAUGAAUUACUCAAGUUUUACGUUUCAACCCAGGUAUUUGUGGACUAUCCCAAUCAUCCCGAAGGCCUCCUCACCCUGCACACUGGCCGUAUCGUGGCAAAUUCUCGCCUACAACGAGCGGCAAGAACACUUGGCCUAGACAGAUUCCUCACAAGGGUGAAAUUCUCCGGACAAGACUGGACGGCAGGAGCACGUCCUGACCAGAUCCAACAGGACAGGCCGGCACCGAAGCAGUACCUCUCGUCAAAAGUACUUGCUGAUGUGAUCGAGGCUCUCAUUGGAGCAGCAUAUAUUGACUCCGAAACGCAGGCCAAGGCUCAAGAAAAGGUGAUCAACGCGAUGAAACUGUUCGUUGGCGAGGUUAACUGGAGAACCCCGGCGGAAAACAUUGCGAAUUUGCCAGUAGUCAAACCCUCCGACGCAAUCGCUGGGCAGAAAUUGCAACCUGUCGAAGGCAUGAUCGGUUACAGUUUCAAGCAGCCUCACCUGCUAACCGAAGCGCUUACUCACUCCAGUUACGACCGUGGCAUCUCGUCAUACGAUCGACUUGAAUUCCUAGGGGAUGCAGUGCUGGACCACAUCGUGAAGAUCAGACUAUAUCACAAUUCUGAACUACUUAGUCCAGAUGAGAUGACUCUGCGACGUCAUGCCCUAGUCAGCCAUGCCGCAUUAUCGUUCUUCGUGCUCCAGGCUUCACAUUCCUCAACUACUACCACUGUCGAGACAGACCUCAAGACUAAACAUGUUACAGAAGGGGAAUCAAAGCGCACAAUUUACCUAUCAGACUACAUCCAUCUAAUCGACAAUCGAGACUUGUACCAAGCUCGAGAGAAAACCCUCACCAAGUGGAAAGAGGUGCAACCCAGCAUAUUGGAAGCAUUCUUAUGCGGAAAGGAGUUCCCAUGGGCGAAAUUACUGAGUUUGGAUGCGCCAAAGUGCUAUUCAGACAUCAUCGAGUCUAUUGUCGGCGCGGUCUUUGUUGAUUCCGGAGCAAGCCUCGAAGCUUGCGAGCAGGUACUGGAGAAGCUUGGAUACAUGAAACUAGUAAAUCGGAUCACAAGCGCCAGACUGGGUGAGGUCUAUGCAAUACAUCCUGAGGCGGCUUUGAGCAAGAUGGCAACCAAUAUUCAGUACGUCUCUGAGAAAAGAGCAAAUUCAGGCUGGAGGUGUAAAAUCAUGAUCGAUGACAAGCGCAUCGCCUACGCCACCCAAGCAACGUGCAAGGACGAAGCUCACUGCAGAGCCGCCCGGCGUGCAGUGAGAGCUUUGGAGGCAAACAAGAAGAGGAAGACAGGCGCUGUUGAGUCUCCAACCGGUGGCGGCGAGAUGGCUCUUGAGCGUAAGAUGCUCGACUAG